AUGUCUCUCCCGAGCCCCAAUUCGGAGAAGCAGCCUGAGACUGGGUUCAAGCCGGCACGUCACGAGGCCAAGACAGCCAGUAGGUCUCGGUCGGCCUGUGAUGCAUGUCGCCGCUCCAAGAUCAAGUGUUCCGGAGGCAACCCUUGCUCGACCUGUCGCUGGUCACAGACUUGCUGCCACUAUACCCCCGGCCGAAGACUUGGUCGCCCUAAAGGUAGUAAGAACAAACGCACACUGUUACAGCAGGAUACAGGAGCAGGCAUCGACGAGGAUCGGCAGGAUGGUGCCGUGCUGGGCAACACUGGUCCCGUGCUGUGGGUUACCGGCCAGCAGCUGCCACUCGAUACCAACAGCUUCAAUCUAGACCUGGAUCAUGGGUGCGAUAGCAUCACUCGGUUCAUGUCCAUCGAAGGCUUCUUGAACCCGAAUGAUUCCCUCUGCAACGAACACUCUGAUUUUGUUGAUUCAACUCUGAGCCUCAUAGAUCCAAUGUCCCUCAACACCGAUCCUUCAGGCCUGGACCAGAUGGACACCACUCAGCGUGAAGAUGCAGAGAGAUUGUCCAGCCGUGAUGAAAUCCUCGAUCUAGAUAGCGAUCACGGCCCUGGGUCCUCGCCCUCUACAGGCCCGGUCUCUCCUAUCGCGCCGUUACCAGGCUGCUCAUGCCUCUCACAACUGGCUAGAUUACUUUAUCAGCUCGAAGGUCUACGCUACCCCGAUGGACCAAGCUCAACAGAUGUCUCGGUCGACUCUUUGCUGAGAGGUUUUCAGACCGCUGAGCUGCCAUGGAAAGGCUUCAUGCACUGCAGUGCCCAUAAAACCCAAGACGAUCACAAGGCCGCCCUCCUCCUUUUCGCCAUCAGUAUUCGAAAGGUGCUCAACAGGACUAUCUGCCCCAACGUCCCAACUCUCGAUGAGCCUUCGAGCGAGCUUGCUGUCUCAAUAGGAACAAUCAGAUUGACAGGCGAGGCGAGGAGCGAGAUCCUUAAUCUUGCCGUUGGGCGUGCGAUGCGGAAUAUUAUUGCCGCGUUGCAGCAUGUUAGGGGAUGCAUCGUCAGACCUACUGGUGCAUUUUCUGGUGAGAUGGACGGCACCAGCGCACAGUUUCUUAGUCUGACUAAGGCUUUAGACGUGGUGGAUAAUAAGAAUGAGAAAACUAUAGAAGGCUUGGAGUAA